UUGAUACUUCCUCUCGUGCGCGUGUAUCUCGUCAGUCGGCCUGGAGCCACGUGCGUGUGCUCGCUCGGGUGGCUCCUGUACGAGCGAGCACAUCGGAUUUUGUGUCAUUUUGCGCAAUCGAGCAACCUCCAUCUUAUCGCGCCUCCGAUGAUAGAUAAACAUCAUCGCGCGCCAGUGUAGAAAGAUGAUUGCAUUUCCCGAUUCGUCUUCAUUAUCAAAGACUCGAUUGACGGGGAAGCUCGCUUUUAUACUAAACCAAAAGAGGUAUCAGUAUUGAUGACAUACACCGGAUAAAACAGUAAAUAGAAAAAAAGUUGAAGAUUCUACUGGUUUACCUGUGUCAAGACAUUGAGGCUACACGUGCAAUACGAUUAAAAUAUUAAACAUUAUUUUAUCUUAUCCUCCUUAAACAAUCAAAUGAGAUAUGUAUCUUGUAAAGCAUCUAUUAGUAGAGAAGAAUAUCGAGAUAAAUUCAGGAUAGUUCCGGUAGUUCGUGAGGAAACACAAUCGUACGUGGGAUGCCGACUGGAAAGAAGCCCGAAAUAUCUCAUCGUGUAUUCAUCGAUCAAGCUCACCGGGACGCGGCACGAUUCGCCGCCACGUACCGACGUACGCGGGAGAGUGCUUCAAGGAAGAACAAAGAUAUCACCACGAGUUGAGAGCGACUAGGUAGCUCUCAAAGGUGAAGAUAGACAGUCGGUUGAAAGUCGGGAGAACUAAAAAUAUCAGCCGGUUCCGCGGUUGGCCGGCGGUGUGCGUCCGCACAGCUCCGCCAACGUCGUAUUCCACGCUGGACAAUUUUACUGGCUGGAGAGGAGGAGUGAGAUAUCUUUAUAAAACAGGGUUCGCCUUUAAUCUCGCGGACGGCGAUUCGCGGUAAACGACUAUCAGGCACGAUCGUUCGUUACCGCAACGAGCCCGCCGACAGACAGGACAUUCACGCGGGACAGUCGUGACUUCACGCGUAAUCUACAGCGGUCCCCGUCUUCAUCCACUGCUACUACUCGUCGUCCAUCGUCGUCUGCUGUAGACUCGUCAAAAAUAGCAGAUCGAGUUCAAAUUUAGGACGCAGUGUCAAGGCCAAGACACCAUCGUAUCUCAUCGUGGUGCGUUCGACAACGUUGACGGCGAUGCUCGUCGGAGCCUCGGAGUCUCCCCGAGACUCACCGACGGUAUUUCACGGCGCGGUUGUUUGAAAUUCUUCGCGUGGAGUUGCGCCCGUAUUUAUAGAUCCGCGUGUGGCGGUGCGUAGGGCCGCGUACGCGAGCGCGCGGCACACGCGUUUACGCACGUAGCUCCCUCGUCCUCCGUCUCGAGGGUGGGUGGGUGGUAGGUAGGUAGGUAGGUAGGUAGGUAGGUAGAUAGGUGGAUACGUACGUGUGAAACAGCCGUCGAGCCACGACGGAUUCACGUUCGCAGGAAGCGAGCGGCAGCACGUCGCGAUCAUGACGCGAUGCGUCCGCGACAGGAGCACCACCGGCCUGUCUCGCCGACGAACGCGUCCCCGUCGCCGUCGAACCGUCUGUGCUCGUCGCCCUGCUGGCUGCGAUCCAUCGAUCCACUUCCGGGCAUGAUCAACGGCGGCGCCGCCGCGAUCUUCCGAGUUCUCGUCGUUCUGCUCGCCCUCGGUUACACGGUCGCUGCAAAUAGUCUGAAUGACACAUUCGUCUUUGGAAUUAAGGACAAUGUAAGUUGCCUCCAUUCGGUUGACCAGACUUCUGCCGUAGAGCAUUUGCCAAAGAAUAAAGUGACAAAACUGUCGCAUUUCACAAACUGGAGCGAAUGGUCGGUAUGCGAUCGACACUGCACGCAAAAUCGUGUCAGGAGGUGUCGAUUAAAAAAAGAUUGCGGAACCACUGUACUUAGGGAGGAACGUGGUUGUGAACAUAACAGAAAAGGUCGUCGAAGACGAUGCAAGCAACGCCAGCGUCGGGGACAUCGAAGAAACGAAAGAUUUCACGUGGUUCAAGUACCUAAGGAAGCAGAGCCUAGACAUGGAAAACGAAGAGGCAAUAAUCUCAAGGAACACUCUGGAAAACAUUAUGGAAAAUGGAGCAAGUGGUCGCCUUGCACGAGACUGUGCACUACACAACGUCAUAGAUGGUGCAGAAAACCGGGUAUCUGUGGGCGCGACGUAAUACGAGAGAGUGCCUACUGCUACGUCGAAGGUAGCUUUUGCCAAAGAUGGAUCCAUCGAAAAAUUCGUGGUAGCCAUGAAGAAGAUGGCGAUGAUUCGGUGUUGGAUGAGUUUGAACUCAAUCCUAACACAGUGGAUAGCUUCGCUCCAGAAAAGAAUUCGAACAUUUGGAAAUGCGGCGUAGCGAACACUCACAAAGGAUCCAGAUUAUCAUACUUCACGCGAAUCAUUGGUGGACGUCCGACUGCGCCUGGAAACUGGCCGUGGCAGGUGGCUGUAUUAAAUCGAUUUCGAGAAGCUUUUUGCGGUGGAACAUUGGUAUCUCCAAGGUGGGUACUGACUGCCGCUCAUUGUAUUAGAAAACGCUUGUAUGUUCGCAUUGGAGAGCACGAUUUAACGGUGAAAGAAGGCACGGAGUUAGAGCUUAGGGUGGACUCGGUGACUAUUCACCCAGAGUACGAUGCCGAUACCGUUGAUAACGACGUGGCUCUACUUCGUUUACCAGUUACCUUGACCCCAUCUCCUUCGAGGGGAAUUGCGUGUCUGCCUGCGCCAAAGCAGCCCUUACCCACAAACCAAUUAUGCACUAUUAUCGGCUGGGGCAAAUCCAGCGUGACGGAUGAUUUCGGAACAGAUGUGUUGCACGAAGUCAAAGUUCCGAUAGUGUCCCCCGAAACCUGUCGAGAAGUGUAUGUAGAUUACAGAAUUACGGAUAAUAUGUUCUGUGCGGGUUAUCGCCGCGGGAAAAUGGAUUCUUGCGCGGGCGACAGCGGGGGACCUCUACUCUGUAGAGAUCCCCGAAGACCCGAUCAUCCGUGGACAAUUUUUGGUAUCACUAGUUUCGGUGAAGGUUGUGGCAAACGCGGUAAAUUCGGUAUAUAUGCCAGAAUAUCCAAUUAUGUGCGUUGGAUUACGAAAAUGAUGAAGCAAGAUGAAUACACCUAGAAAAUAUGGCGCGAUUAUAACUGCAAUUAAUUGUUUACGCAUAAAAGUGGAAAAUAUGUUAAGCAUCGAAACACAAAUCUCAAACUGUAUAGCAAUUUAUCAUAUAUUUAUAGAAUAAAAAACGAACUACGCUAUCUUAAAGUACUGGAGCUAUAAAGCUACAAAGUUAAUUAUGCUGCAACAUGUUAUUAUAUUGUACACGCUUCGUUUUCCUCAAAAAUAUACUUAUAUCGUUUUAUAUAAGAGGCCAAAAAAUAACAUGUAAUUUUUGCAGAAAUUAACACGGUUGAUUAUAUAUCU